AUGGAACUCUCACCUGUUGCGCAGGCUCUAGCUUCAGUUGAAGCGUUUCGAGGAUACGUGGAACAUGGUCGACAAUGGGUCUCGAGAUGGCUCGACGGACUGGGGUAUGGGGACAUACCGCGACGAUGGGCGUGGACCGCCGAGAGCGAUCGUAAUCUUCCCCAGGACAAGACGAUGGCUCACUCUCAAUGCUCGUCUAACCUAUGCUCCCAAGUCCCAUCACGCUCCGUGACUUCCGCGACUUCGGCCAGUGUUAGCAGCGCGGACGAAUGUCCUCGCCCAGCGCUAGAUUACGCAAAUUCGCCGGUGCCCGAAUCAUACGACCACGGAAAUGCCCAGGGAGAACUACUAGCAGGUCAGGAGGGAACGGUGCUGCGCACGGGUUUGAACACUCGCAAUGAGGACUAUGCCUGCGUACUAUGUCCUACAGACCUCAAAGCGCUCGAAGCCCUGGUCACGGGGAGCGAAGAAGUUUCAUGUAGUGUGCCGCAAGAUGAUCUAGUCGACACUAAAGAGGAUGGUCCUGUUUGUAUCUUCCCAUAUGUGACCGAUGGCCGCUUCCUACGCGAGUUCACAAGGCAAAAUGGCAGACCCGAUAGGUCUGAUAAUGCUAAUGCCAUUUCUGCCAGACACCACUUGCGCCACGCCGCACCCCAGUCUGACUGUAUGGCCGUCUGCUGCAGUUCCAGCGGUCUCGAUUUCAAGAUCCAAGAUCUGUUACCCUCGAUAUGCGGCCAAAUCCGGCCCGCCCUCGCCUUCGCCGCCUCUCAAGAACCCUUCCUUUUAGUUGACGGAUCACAUAUAGCCCCGACCACCUCUCGAGGAAGCGGAGACGUUCAAGACGCAGAGCGGCACAAGUCAUCCAUCCACGCACCCAAGGGGUUGUCACACGUCGUCUCCAACGAAAUCAGCCAUCUGAACCUUAUGCCAUACGUGUCGAAGACACUCGGCCAGGGAACACAGUCUGAUGACAAGACUAUGUGCUACACUUCACUGAAGGGCCCAAUGGGUGGCGAAGGCCAAACCGUGUACCGAAUCAGUCAGGAGAACGGUCGCUUCUUCACCGACGGGAGUUUUACCCACGCCAUCGGUGGAAAACCUUCAUCUGAUACGAAACCUGGUGUAUCCCACGCGGUCAAGGCUUACUUAGAAGAUGCUGCGAUACCAUCGGGCUGUGCUCACCAGUUGAAUUGGACAUCCUCCUACUUCGCCCUACAAAGUUCUACGAGGAGCCUUGACGUCCUACGCGUGUACAUCACCUCGACCGCACCGGAAGGUCACCUGCUGAUCAAGAAAGCUCUAGAGAAGGUAGAACAACCCCUCAAUGGCGCGCCGGCACUUGUACGUGUGCAUGAAGCCGCACAGUCGGACCUCGUCAUCCGUAUUGGCGACACGAGCUUUCAGUACACCCUCCGCGAGCCCCUGGUCGGACUCUAUGGAGAUUCUCGCCAGCUGCAGUACAGUACUAAACCAAGUGUCCGCUCGAUUCAUCGCGUGCUUAACUCGGCCGCCCAUUUCUUCCGGCUCUUCCAUAACCGGCCUAAGCAGCCACGGCUACACGUUGAGUUUCACGCUCUGGUGCAAGAUGAAGAUGCGGAACUAGGACCGGAUCUGCGACGUCCUUGGGCCAUAUCUGGUCCCAACCUGUACAAUUCGGGUCUUGUCGAUCUCGUCGCGGACGAUGAUACGCCUUACGGAAUCGCUGUUCACAACACAUCGGAUCGACCGCUCCAUGUCUGGGCGUUCUACUUCAAUUGCAGCACACUAUCCAUAACCGAGUACUACCGGCCGCCUAGGUUUGAACGCGGCGCAGAGCCAUGCCUGCCCCCGCGAGGCGUAUUGACGAUCGGAUACGGCCCUCAGGGAGGAUUGCCCUACACUUUCUUUCUCCACGAAGGUCAGGAUAUGGAUGUUGGGUGCAUCAAGCUCUUCAUUACGACGGAGGCCGUGGAUCUCUCCGGCUUCGCCCAGAGAUCGCCAUUUAUACGUCCCGAGUCUCGCAGUACGAGACCCGCCAUGGAACUGAAUGACGCCGCGUGGGACUCGACCACGAUCACCGUUGUACAGCGGAAGUUGGAGGUGGACGACAGCGUUGCAGGGCGUGCUUCCGAGAAUAUGUAA